UUGUACCUGCGUGCUGCGUGCGCCCACCACACACACCUGGGGCCGCUGUGGUCUGCUCGCGAAACGCCGCGCGCGCGCGACCGACAGAUCGAGAUAACGAGCGCGCACUAAUUGCCUCAUUAAACAAUACCCGAAACCAACGAGAAGACGAAAGAAAAUUAAAAAUUACACUCUACAGAACUUUUUUGGUUUGCUUCGUUGGCUAAUUACAAAUUAAUGUUUUGAUGAUUUUAAUGAUUUAAUACGAUUAUUACACGUGCGUCGUCAACAUGUUUUUAAUUCGAUAGUUUGCAGUGUGCAAAAGCGUUUUAGUUUGAUUGUUUGUUGAUUGUGAGUGAUUCCGUUGUGCUAAUUGCUGAAAUUGUCAGCGGGCGGCCAUUAACGAAACGAUAGUGAUAUAGUGUCAACUAAAAAUUCAGUCCAAAUGGAUAGCGGCGGCGAAUGUGUCGAAAUGGAUUUGAGCACUACCACGCGUGCGCACGACGUGGUGCAGCACCAUCAGGAGAACAAAAUGCGCGUGGCUAAGUCAGUGUUUUCAAUACGCAGCCUCGUCGACUUAGGUGAUAACACCGAUCGAAUUAUCAAUGAACCAUCAGUGAGAUCAGACAGCAACCCGUCGUUAAUGGGCGUGUCGGAAGAGCACGCGCCGAAUCCGGCGUGCGUGGAGCCGCGUCAGCUGCCGCCGGGGGCGGCGGGUGCAGGCGGACCAAUGGGCGGCCAUCCGGGCAUGGGCGGCGGGCCGAGUGGUCUUGGCGGCGGCGAGGGCAGUGACGGCAGUGAGCCUGAACACGACGAUUUUGCACCCAAGCGCAAACAGCGGCGUUAUCGUACCACCUUCACCUCCUAUCAGCUAGAAGAGCUGGAGAAAGCUUUUUCACGGACGCAUUAUCCUGAUGUAUUUACUAGGGAGGAAUUAGCAAUGAAAAUUGGUUUAACAGAAGCACGAAUUCAGGUGUGGUUCCAAAACCGUCGUGCAAAAUGGCGCAAGCAGGAAAAAGUCGGCCCCGCCGGUCACCCUUACAACCCCUACUUGUCACCGAACGCAGGCGCACCACCACAAUCAGUCGUCGCGCCAUCAUUACCCAAUCCUUUUAAUCUCCCCUUCGGACUGCGUAAACCCUUCGAUGCGCUAGCGUUCCGCUACCCGCCGCACGUCCUUCCUGGUUAUUUACCCGCGCCGCCCCAUUAUCACCACCGACCGGGGGCGGGCGCCCCACCAGGCCUUCUCCCACCCGGCGUUGGACUGUACCCAUCCGCCAGCUCCUUUCAAACCCUAUUGGCGAAUAUCUCCGCCGCACAGCAGCAGCGACCUAAGAUGCCGGCGUCUCAAUCGCCGCCGCUUUCUCCCGGGGGUGCGUCUUCAUCAGCUCCAGUCUCACCACCGGAUGUCGACCGGCGCAGCUCAAGCAUCGCCUCACUGCGACUCAAAGCGCGCGAGCAUGAACUGCGACUCGAGAUGCUGCGGCAGAAUGGCGGCGAUCUCAUUAGUUAAAGCCUGUGAUGUAGGCAAUUUUACGUACUUAAAUAACGUGAUUCGAGCAACGUAAUCCGUCCACAUACAAAAUAUUUCUACGUACUUAAUAAAAACCGGUAAAAAUUAAUUUUUAAAUUGUACAUAGUUAAAAACGAACGUAUGAAGUAAUAAUUAUUGUAUUUAAUAAUUUUUGAAAUGUUGGAAACAUUUUUUUUGUGCAUUUCUAUCAAUGAUAGAGAUUUGCCCAGUGGUGGGGAGCACCUCAAAAAUUUAUGAAUAAGUGAAAUGUGUAUUGUACAAGUAUAAUAUGUCUAGAUGUAUGUAGAUAUUUGACAAAAAAACGAACAUAGCUUAAAGUAAAUUGCGGAAAAAUCAAAAUGUCGACAAUCCGUCCAGUUUAGAAUGAGAAAAUGUAAACUAAAGUUUAAAACAAAUUAAAAGAGCAAUAAAUUUUUAAUAAAGUGCAUAAAAAUGUUUAAAUAAA